AUGUCUGCUCGUAGGGACUUGACUUCUGCAUUGGCCGCUGCUGCAGCCAAGGACGCUGACGAGCUGGUCCUAGAAACUGAUAGCGAAGAGGAGCCGGUAGACGAGCACGAGCUCAUUUUGAACAGUGUUGGCGUCAAGUUGACUCCAAAGAAUUCAACACCCAUGUCACCAAUCAAGAAGAAAGCCAAGGUGUCGCCUCGUUCUGUCUGGACGAAGUGCAAGCUUGGCGACUUGACGUCCUUGUUGCCAUUGUCUGGAUGCAACAAGAAGGAGUGCGAGUGCUUGAAGCUUGUGUCAUUUCCCCACGAUCAGAAGCGAAUCCGCCAGUUCGUCGUUGAUCUUGUGGUCGAACAAGGGGAAGAUGUUGCACGAGCCUUUCUUGUUGCUUGUGUCUUUCCGGACGUGACUGCAUUGAAAGAUCCUCAUCGCAAGAACGUGAAGUGGCAUUUCAAGGUACCCCUAAUUAUUGGUUAUGACACCAGCCGAGAACAGGACUUCGCUGUGGACUACACUCUCUGCCGUCAGAGUUUCCUCACUCUGUUCGGUCUCCACACAAGCAGAUUCGAUGGAAUUAGAAAGGAUGCUCUGGUGGUUCACGAGGAAUACAUGUCACAUGCUUGGAAUCAACUCACCUUUAAACGUUGGCACGACGUUCACUUCUUCAUUGCUGAUGGGUGGCAUUACUGUUGUCUUGAGCCCGAAAUUUAUUACGGCCCCGGUGAAAUCAAAGAUCGUGUGCUUGGGCAGAAGCUUCUUUUCGAGCCACUCCGGAAGGAUCAAGAUGUUCUCGAGUCCUUAAGCAAAUAUCGCCGAACAGAACAAGCUGGAGAUAACGAAGAAGAAGAGGAGGCAGAGGAAGAAGAAGAGGAGGCAGAGGCUUAUGGACGUGUUCUUGUCAAGAGUUGGAAUGUUGAGGAAGUUUGA